CCCGCGGCCAGGAGCGCCGCCGCGUCCUCAGCCCCGCGCUCCGCCCGCCGCCUCUGCCGCCGCAGCCCGGCCCGCGAGCGCAGCGCCGGGGCCCCGGCCCCGCAUCCUCCCCUCCCUCCGGGCCGCGGGCCGGCCGCAGCCGGCAUGGGAGGCCACUGACGGCGGGCACCCCUUCCCCCGGGCACCUCCCCGGGCCACCGGCCACUGGACUCCGGCCGGCGAGCCGCGGGCACCUCUGGCCCCGGUCCGGCGCCCGCACGGCCCUCGGCUCUGCCCCUCCGGCGCUGAGCACCGCGCCCCCGCCCCCCCGCCCGCGCCCGGGACACCUGGGUCCCCCGGCGGCCCGCGGACAGGGGCGGGUGGGGGGGCAUGAAGCCGCUGGAGAAAUUUCUCAAGAAGCAGACGUCGCAGCUGGCGGGGCGCACGGUGGCGGGGGGUCCCGGCGGAGGCCCGGGGAGCUGCGGCGGGCCCGGCGGGGGCGGCGGGCCGGCCGGGGGCGGCGGGCCGGCCGGAGCCCCGCGGCCGCUGCAGCGGCGGCAGAGCGUGUCCCGCCUGCUGCUCCCCGCUUUCCUGCGGGAGCCCCCCGCGGAGCCGGGGCUGGAGCCGCCCGCCGAGGAGGAGGGCGGGGAGCCGGCGGGGGUCGCGGAGGAGCUCGGCGGCGGCGGGGGGCCCUGCUGGCUGCAGCUAGAGGAGGUGCCGGGGCCCGGGCCGCUGCGGUCCCCGUCCUCCUACUCCUCCGACGAGCUGUCCCCGGGCGAGCCCCUGACGUCCCCGCCAUGGGCCCCCCUGGGCGCCCCCGAGCGGCCGGAGCAUCUUCUGAACCGCGUUCUGCAGCGGCUGGCCGGAGGGGCCACCAGGGACAGCGCCGCCUCAGAUAUCCUGCUGGAUGACAUCGUCCUCACCCAUUCUCUCUUCCUCCCCACGGAGAAAUUUCUGCAGGAGCUGCACGAGUACUUUGUCUCGGCAGGAGGCAGGGAGGGCCCCGAGGGGCUGGGCCAGAAGCAGGCCUGUCUCGCCAUGCUCCUCCACUUCCUGGACACCUACCAGGGGCUGCUGCAGGAGGAGGAGGGCGCCGGCCGCAUCAUCAAGGAUCUGUACCUGCUCAUCAUGAAGGAUGAGUCCCUUUACCAGGACCUCCGCGAGGACACGCUGAGGCUGCACCAGCUGGUGGAGACAGCAGAGCUAAAGAUCCCGGAGGAGAGCCAGCCGCCCAACAAGCAGGUGAAGCCACUCUUCCGCCACUUCCGCCGGAUAGACUCCUGUCUGCAGACCCGAGUGGCCUUCCGGGGCUCUGACGAGAUCUUCUGCCGCGUCUACAUGCCCGACCACUCCUACGUGACCAUCCGCAGCCGCCUCUCGGCAUCUGUGCAGGACAUCCUGGGCUCGGUGACGGAGAAGCUGCAGUACUCGGAGGAGCCUGCGGGCCGUGAGGACUCCCUCAUCCUGGUAGCUGUGGCCUCUUCGGGAGCUCGUAUUUCUGCAGAGAAAGUCCUUCUCCAGCCGACGGAAGACUGUGUCUUCACCACGCUGGGCAUCAACAGCCACCUGUUCGCCUGCACACGGGACAGCUACGAGGCGCUGCCCUGUCCCCCUGCCUGCCACCAGGUGCCCCUCCCCGAGGAGAUCCAGGUCUCCCCUGGAGACACCGAGAUCCACCGGGUGGAGCCUGAGGAUGUCGCCAACCACCUGACGGCCUUCCACUGGGAGCUGUUCCGCUGUGUGCACGAGCUGGAGUUCGUGGACUACGUGUUCCACGGGGAGCGCGGCCGACGGGAGACGGCCAACCUGGAGCUGCUGCUGCAGCGCUGCAGCGAGGUCACCCACUGGGUGGCCACCGAGGUGCUGCUCUGCGAGGCCCAGGGCAAGCGCGUGCAGCUGCUCAAGAAGUUCAUCAAGAUCGCGGCCAUCUGCAAGCAGAACCAGGACCUGCUGUCCUUCUAUGCCGUGGUCAUGGGGCUGGACAACGCCGCCGUCAGCCGCCUGCGGCUCACCUGGGAGAAGCUGCCCGGGAAGUUCAAGAACCUGUUCCGCAAAUUCGAGAACCUGACGGACCCCUGCAGGAACCACAAGAGCUACCGAGACGUGAUCUCCAAGAUGAAACCUCCUGUGAUUCCUUUUGUGCCUCUGAUCCUCAAAGACCUGACUUUCCUGCACGAGGGGAGUAAGACCCUGGUGGAUGGUUUGGUGAACAUCGAGAAACUGCAUUCGGUGGCUGAAAAAGUGAGGACCGUCCGCAGAUACCGGAGCCGGCCCCUGUGCCUAGACAUGGAGGCGUCCCCGCACCACCUGCAGACCAAGGCCUACGUGCGCCAGUUCCAGGUCAUCGACAACCAGAACCUCCUCUUCGAGCUUUCCUACAAGCUGGAGGCCAACAGUCAGUGAGGACAGGCGCUGCGGACAGCCCGCAGGGUCCUCGGGCACCUGACACUCAAGCACUUUGCACCAUGUCCCCCCCACCUCCGCCAUCUUCCCCCUGGGGCAGCCUCCCGCCCCACGGGGAGGGGAAGCGCCCGGGGACUUACUCCGGGACUCCUGAGCCUGUUUAUCCUGCUGACGUCCUCCCGCUGCUCCGUCAAGCCCACUCCACACUCUGCGGGCCCUGCCCUGCCAGGGAAAAGGGGCACAGAGCUCUCUCCUCUGCCCCCUCCCCUCCAGGUCUGUUCCCCGCCUCCUCUUCCCCAGCAGGAAGGAGAGCGGCUGCCCUCUGGGCCUCCACGGGGGAGGCCUGGCAGCCUUCCUCUCUCCCUCUGCUCCGGUUCUCCCCAUUCAGGGCUGGGACCCUGGCUGCACCCCUCUGAGUAUUCUACGGCCCUCGUGUCUGUGUGUGUGGGCGUGUGUGUACAUGUGCCCCCCUUCGAGGAGCGGAAGUGCCCCUGGCCAUCAAGGCAGGGUGUGUGCUGGGGGGGGAGGGGGGGUGUCCUUCUGUUUGGUGCUACCCUUGUCUCUCUGCCCCUGGGUCAGUGACUGUGGGUGCUACCCCCACGCCCACACUGCCUGCUCAGUGACCCCCGCUGCCCUGCACCCCGGGCGUGUGGGCCGAGCUGCCGGUGAGGACAGGGAGCAGCGGCAGGGGGAGGGCUUACCCGCCCCCGCCCCCGGCCCGGCCUCCUGAAGGCCCCUGGGAGGGCUCCGCGGAGAGGAUAACAGAUGCUCAGGGAAACACAGGCCCACGCUGCCUACAGGACCCGCCUUCUGCGUGCCAGGGGGAUGUGGUGAGGCGGUAUCAGGAGUGAGGGGCACCUGCUGCCCACACCCCUGCUUCUGGGGCAUCCCCCUCCUGGCUCUGUGUCUGACACGAAGAACACGAUCUGUCCUCUUCCCUGUCUUGACUCCCUCUUGGUCCUCUCCCUCAAGCUGGGGUGGGGGGCGUCCCUGUCCCUGGGGGCAGGCAGACCCCAAAGUGGGGGUCGGGGGCAGAGACGAUACAGGCAGACUAUGCCUUUCUUGCCUCUGUCUCCCCUCCCUCUCCCGUCACAGGCCUCCGGGCGGAGGGGAGCAGGGGCUCCUGGCAGCUACCGGGUGAGGUUUCCAGGCGCAGCCUCACCCUCCUCCCUGGCACCAUGUCUUUCCCUCCUGAAGAGGCGGCGGCAGCAGCAGACACAGCUUGCUGUUCCUGCUCUGAGGAUGUAUAUAUUUUUUACCCAAAGCUCUGGAAUUGUAAUUUUAUUUUUUAAAACUCAAAAGAGGGAAAGAGCCUUGUAUUAUAUGUAAACAGUGUAUCAUAGGUUAUGUUGUACAGUCCCUUUUAUACAGUGGCCGGUCUCAUUCCUGCAGCAAAAAAAAAAGUCUCUGAUUCCCGCCCCCGCCGCCGCUGAUGCAGCCCCCGCGUCUCCCCACCUCUGUCCCCCAAAGACAGUGACGGAGGCCCUCCUCCCUGCAGCUGCGGGCACCCGCUUCUCCCGGGGGCCGCCCGCCCUCCCCACCCCUCUCAGCAGCCUCCUCGCUCCAGCUCCCACACCCUCCUCCGCCACUGGGCCCACUGGGCCAGUCUUGACCCCUGCCCUCUGCCUCCGGGGCCUCCAGGCCUCCCCCGCCCCGCCCGCAGCUUUGCCAGAGUGAACCGUGUGUGCUGUACAGGCUCCGCUGGCAUUGCGGCAGCUGCUGGGUGGGAAACAAGCUGAUAAAGUCUAUGAGUCAA